AGGACCGUGCCAUUACUUGCUCUCUUGGUGACUGUGGUACCGGGGAUUUUUACCGCCCCAAAAUUCAACGCGGAUGACCCCAAACAUGACACCAUGCCAGGACCGAUUGAAGCGUGCAGAGUCCAGAAGAGUGACAUCCUAUUCGUGCUUGAUGCCUCCACGAGCAUCUCCAUGGAGAAGUUUGAUGCUAUGAGGAGCUUCGUCAAGCGGGUGGUGAAUACUGAACUGAUUGAUAUAUUAGGACGAGAUCACACCCAGGUUGGUUUAGUGUCGUUCUCCACCAACGUGACGUUGAACAUUCCUUAUGACAAAUUCUACAAUACGGAGGACUUCAACAAGGCUCUCGCCGACCUGACUUAUGACAGAGGGGAUACAUAUCUUGGGAAAGCCCUCAGAUUCGUUCGCACCAAGGUCCUCCGCCCCAAGAAUGGGUAUCGCCCGACCGUACCCCAGAUGCUCAUAAUCUUGACGGACGGCUGGGAGUCGGACCCCGGGUUCGCCAAAGAUGAGAUCAAGCGCCUGAAAGAGAUGGGGGUUCACACCAUAGCGGUUGGGAUCGGCUACUAUGUGGACAAGGCAGGUCUGAAACAGUUGGUCAAAUCGAGUGAUGCAGUGGAGGUUGAGGCUUGGAAGGGACUCAAAGACAAGCUCCCGCAGUUGAGGAAGGAUUUAUGCAAGGAAGUGCAGGUCAUUAAGCGUUGCGACAAACAUUUCGAGUCGAAUGUUAUAUUGGUCGUGGAUUGCUCCACGAGCAUUGGACUCGCGAACUUCCAGAGGCUCAGGGAGUUCCUGAUCAAUGUCGUCAACUCGUUCAAGGUCAUUGGAGAGGACGGCAUCCAGGUUGGAAUGAUGCAAUACUCAUCCUACACCAAAACGAAAGUCGUCUUUCAGCUGGAUACCUACAAUACCCGUCAACAGCUCGAGGCCGCUAUCAAGAAGCUGGUCUGGAAGAAGGGAGCUACGAAGACUGGCUAUGCGAUGAUGAUGGCGGAGAGUAAGAUAGCGAGGAAGGCAAAAAGGAAAACUGUCCAAACGACCUUCAUUGUGGUGACCGAUGGGAACGCAAAUGAUAAAGUUGAGGUUGCAGCAGCCCGACUUCAUGCCAUGAACUACACUGUAUUGGCUGUUGGCAUUGGUAAAGAUGUAGAUAGCAAGGAGUUGAGAGUCAUCGCCAGCAAACCCAAAGAGGUGCACGUGUUCCAUCCAGAAGACUUCAAUGAGCUGCAGUACUUCAUGAGAUAUGUUGUAACCGAAGUCUGCCAUCCCUCUAACGUAUUGAGUGAACAACAGAAGGAAGAGAAUAAGGCUGAAGAAGAGGAGUCCAAGUAUUGACGACUUUUAAGCGUCAUAAUACGUCAGAACACAAUUUGGGCGGACACUUUUUCCUGGG